AUGGCUCGUUUUACUUCUCUAUUGCUGCUGGCAGCGUCUUCUUCUAUUGUUGCUGGAGGGCCGCUACCCAAAGGCCACAGGAGACAGUUACUCUCCAGCUACGCAAACACAAUAUCGGUAGCCUCUUCAACCGUCGAGGUGUCUCGGUCUCUAAGCACAGCGGAAGAUGUUUCAUCGACGUCUCUUGCUACCGCGGAUGGCUCAGUCUUCUCGUCACAGCCUACGUUUGCCUCCACAAGGCCGUCGAAUUCUGUACCGACUUUACUAUCUUUUAGCGAGCAGUACGCCAGCGCAGAGACUGCUGUCAUCAUUCAGCCCGUACAACCCACUAUUUUUACACAGACAGCACCUGCUAUCACGUUCCUCCUUCCAGAUGGCCAAGCAAUGGCCACCCAAACACCUGAGGUUGUUCUAUCGACUUCAUUCAUUACGUCGCUGGCACCGGUUCCUACUCUAGAAACUAAGUCGAGUGUUGUACAUUCAGAUGUUGCAUCUUCAUCAUCAGCUCCUGCUGGAAAUCAACCAAUGAGCUCAGUGAGCUCAUUCCCAGCGAAGGGCCUUUCCAGCUCAAAAGCCGAAGCCGAGAGUGAGGCGGUGAGCGCGACGACCUACGCGCCGCCCAUGUUUACGUACUCGCCGGACGAGAGCACAACAGCAGCGUUCUUCGCCCCCAGUACUAUUAUUGUCAGCUCUACUGUCAUCAGCUCCGCCCUGCCUAGCUCUAUUCAUUCCAGUUCUGUCACUCCUAGUCCCGCUGCGUCUGUUGGAGGACCACCGGCACAGAACGGUACGGGAAUGCCGGGCUUCACCCAUCCGGGAACAUCUCAAGGCACUGCAACCCCAGGUAGUAGUCCGAUCAGCUACACCAGCGCAGGUCUUGUGUCGGUUACGCAAGUACUUUCCUCCGCAGUACCUACGAGCUCUACAGUGUCUUCACUGCCGUCUCCAAGCUCUGUAGUUCUGCCCCCUACCAACUCGACCUUGAUGACUUCGUCGCGCCUUGUAGUCACAAAGACAGAGUACACCACCGUCUUCCCUACACCUGCCGCGUCGCAGGUAUCGUUUGUUGCAAGCUCGGCACUUUCUUCGACUCUAGCGUCAAGCGCGCCAGCGGUGUCAGUCAUAUCUUCGACCUCUGCGUUUGCAGCUGUUCCUGCUGUUCCUGUAUCUUCCUCAGUCCAAACUUCGGUUGUACAAUCGCCCUCGGCCGAACUCCUGCCUUCGACAUCGCUGCAAGUUCCGCCGGUUGUUAUAGUCACACAGUAUACGACCGUCUUGCCGUCACCAUCUUCUGCACCAGCAGAGACACCGCCAGUGUUUUCAACUCCAGCGUCUUCAUCAUCAAGUAUUGUGAUUUCUGCUGCGCCAUCUUCCGUAUCUACAAGCGCGGAAUCGGCAACGACUCUGUCGCCAAGCACUGGGCUAGCACCAAGCUCCUCAUCGAGCACGCUCGCAGCAUCAUCAUCACCCAUUGCUUCAUCACUACCCACUCCAAGCGGACCUGCCUCUUCAGGGCCACCAUACUCUGUCACGAAUGUGGAGCCCUCGCCAACAGAAGCUCCUGCAGGACCGAGCGAGGCUCCAUCAGCGCCAGCGCCGACAUCUAAUUCGUCUGAGGGACCAUUGAUCAUUACACCGAUCGCACCGAGUCAGAUCUUCACUGUCACGGUGACAGAAAAGGAGAAGGAAACAGUCACAGCUACUGUGACUGCCACUAUAACGGCUUGA